UUAAUCGAUAGUCGAAUAGGUCUUAUUCUCCAAUUGUUACUUAAUUAAUUAAUAAAUAACAAAAAUGCUGACCCGUGUGUUCCGCCUGGUCCACGACAGGCGCCUGAGUGUGCCUGUUCUGCGCUGCUUCCACCACGAGUUCUCCAAGCCGCCGCAACACCCCGGAACGAGCCAGGAAAGUGACGCUCGUUCCGGCAAGAAUUUGGUGGCCGGCGUGCAGGACAAGUACAAGAUAUUCCGGGACGAGGAGGCCACGGAGAUUUUCGACGUGGAGGAGGCGCGCCACCAGGAGCAGCAGCUUCCCGAAAAUGCGGAUCUGGAGGAGGAUCACUACUAUGGAUUGAACUUAAAGCGAGGCACUCGCGGGGUGUUUGAUGUGGAGGACUUGGUGGAGCUGCUGCGCAAGGAGAAUGUGGACGACAUAUUCGUCUGCUAUGUGCCGGAGAACCUUAAAUAUGUGGACCACCUCGUGGUCUGCAGUGGGCGCAGCUAUCGGCACAUGCUGACCACGGCGGAGUUUGUGCGUCGCAUGUUCAAGAUCAAGCGGAGUAAGGGAGACAUUCUGCCCCGCAUCGAGGGCGACAAGAGCCGGGAUUGGAUGGCCAUGGAUUUGGGCAACAUUGCCCUGCAUAUAUUUUCUCCGAGCGCUCGGGAGGAAUACGAUCUGGAGUCGCUGUGGGCCAUCGGCUCCGAGUUCGAUCGCGAGAGCCAAAAGCCGCACAAUCCCUAUGGCGACAUAUUCCUGGCCCAAACUCCUCUCACCGUUGCGGGUGAUUCCAAAUUAGAGACGUGAAAUUGUUCAGUUCCUCUAGUUUAAUAUACAUACAAUUGAUCACUACUCCACUGACAA